AUGAGAUCACGAGUUCGUGACAAUUACAGCGAGCUUGGUAAAGUUCUUUGGCCGAGGUAUGGCGGGGUGAUUCUCGAUGCUUUUCAGAGCCUUGAUCUGUCGAUUCUCGGUGUGUCAUACCUUAUUUCAUGUGGAUCCCUCCUGGCACAUUCACUUCCUAAAGCAGGGCUCACAGAAGCUAUGUGGGCGUCCAUUGUUGCUGCUUUGGUUUUGCCGUCCACGUUUGUAAAUGACCUGGCGUGCGUCGCAUGGCAAAGCUUGUUGAGUAUAACGUCCUUGAUCACUAUGGUAAGCGUGCUGAUAUGGUACACAGUUACCCACUACUCGACCAUAAACUUAACGGAUGUGCUCUUCUGGGACACCGAAGGCGCCUUUGUCGCGCUUGGCUUGGUCAUAUCCAGCUACUGCGUGUACUCAAUUUUGAUUCCAGUCGAAGAAAGUAUGGCGGAUCCUUCCAAAUUCGGUUCAGCCUUGGGGAUUUCCUUGUCGUUGGCCGCCAUAUUCAAAGUUCUAUUUUCGCUCUGUGGCUUUCUCUCCUUCUCCCAUGCCACUGAUGAAGUGAUUGGAAACAAUUUCCCGCUUGGCGCCCCUCGAACCAUCGUCAGUGUUGUAUACGUCAUGUAUGUCAUAUUCAGCUAUACACUGGUCAUCUUCCCUGUUUUUCAGUCUCUUGAUGGUUCUCGACUUGCUUCUGCAGUCACCUCUCGUAUUCCCUUUUUCAUUUGGUCUGCUACAACAAGAUUCCUUGUUGUAUUUACCACCCUCUUUUUGGCAGUUGUAGUUCCACACUUCGCGCUUUUGACAGCGUUUGUCGGAAGCCUCGCUCUACCAUUCUUAGAGUAUAUUGUGCCGUGUUUAGUUCACUUAAAGUUAAAAUGGCGCGAGUUGAAACCGCUUCAGGUAGCUGCAGAUGGUACAAUUGUCGUAAUGGGAGUGUUGGCAACUGCAUUUGGUGCUUAUUGCUCUGGCAAAGCGUUGGUAAUCGAAAUGACUGGGCAAAAUACAAAGUGACAACGACUGUUAAUUAGUUUUCCUUUUGGAAUUUGUUUUUUCAAAAUAGCAGUAUUGCUGUUUGAGAUAAAGCUUAUUGUUUAAUAUUAGGAAGAUUGAAAACAACAUGCAAGUUAAAUGUAGAUGUAUUGAAGUUCCCUCAACUAGUUGCAUGGUGUACUCACUCUUGUUAGGCGGAAAAUUAGAAAGAAAUAUCUUUUUCCGUCGAAUUCUUUCCUUCGGCAUUGCCGUGCAACUUUUCAAUUAACGAUAAAUUGCCAAUCACAAUGAACUAAUUUUCUUAGUUAUAUAAUAAGCUGCUGAAUUAUUCAUUUGUGCUUGUCUGUUUGUUUGCUUUGUCCAGAUUGAAGAAUACUCCGACAUCUAUACCUUCAUCGCACGCAAUGCACCACCAUGUAGCCUACGUGUAGCCGU